GCCAACCACAUAUGCGUACAAUAAUGCAUGCCUUAGAUCACAAAAUUAUGUCUAAGAAACUUCUUCACCUCAUUUCUCUUCUUCUCUUUUCCUUCUUCACAAGAUCCUACUCCGGUGGAAUCUCUAUCUAUUGGGGCCAGAACGGCUUCGAGGGAACCCUUAACGAAACAUGCGCGACAAGAAGGUACGAGUUUGUAAACGUUGCGUUCCUUAACGUUUUUGGGUCCGGUCAAUCCCCGUCAUUGAAUCUAGCUGGACACUGCGAUCCGUCUUCGGGUGGGUGCACCGUUGUGGGGCCGGAAGUGGAGUAUUGUCAAUCUUUGGGUGUUAAGGUUAUGCUCUCUUUAGGGGGCGCUAUAGGAAAUUAUGGUUUUUCCUCUAAGAAAGAUACGAGGAAUUUUUCGCGUUACCUAUGGGACAACUUCUUGGGUGGAAAAGUAAUAGGAAACAGAGGGAAUACCUCGAGUUAUAGGCCUCUCGGUAACGCGGUGUUCGAUGGUAUCGACUUUGCUAUCGACCAAUCGAACUCAACGCGACAUUGGGACGACCUAGCAAGAUACUUGGCGCGGUAUAAUCGACGAGGAAAAAGAAAGGUGUAUCUAACUGCAGCCCCUCUAUGUCCAUUUCCUAGCAAAUAUUUGGAUAUGGCCUUAAAAACUAGACUAUUUGACUAUGUUUGGGUCCAAUUUUAUGGUCACACAUCAUGUCAAUACAUUGAUGGGAAUAUUACAAAUCUUAUAAAUUCAUGGAAUGUAUGGUCUUCAACAGGAUAUAUAAAGAGGUUGUUUAUGGGGUUGCCGGCGGCCAAAUGGGUGGCCGGAAACGGGUAUAUUCCGGCGGAUGUACUGAAAUCUCAAGUACUUCCGGUUAUAAAGAAGUCACGUGACUAUGGAGGGGUAAUGUUGUGGUCAAAGUAUUGGGAUGAUACUACUGGCUAUAGUCCAGCAAUUGUCAAUAGUGUAUGAAUUGUGGGCCUCGAGGACAAUACAGAUGGCAGACUGUGAAUGGGGAUUCGAAUAUGUGACAUAUGGUAGAGACGUAGACAGAUCCUCAGCUCAGUCUCACUACUAUGUCAAGACUCAAGAGUCGAGGCCUUAUUGAUAUGAAUUGUGUUUUUCUUAUGUACUAAGGUUUGGUUCUGUUCACCUUGUUUCCACUUAUUUCAGGAAAAAAAUAAGUUCAUACCA